AUGGGGGUUCUCGCUUUAUAUCGAAUCCUUUGUUUGGCCGCUUUGAGCAGCGGACAGGACCAGCAAAAGUGCUUGCCUGGUGGUGUGCCCGUUGCAAACCGUAAAUACAUCCAGAAUGAUGAGGGAUCGGACAUCUCCAUCGGUCUCUUAGAGGGUGCAUGGCCCUCUGCGGAGUUGUUAAGCGAGCUGCUGCGGAUCUUGAUUGGAGAAGCCUUGGGAUAUCACGUGCACAUCCACGAAAAGUUGGGUGCCAAUGGCGCAUCUCCAAUCUUCGCCCUAGCUGGCUGUAUCAACUUUGAUGCUCCUGCCAACGCCCCUCUCUUCGAAGAGAAGAGGUGUGGGAUCAAUGAGACCAAGAUCCACGUCUCCAUCGACAGUUGGCUGGGCAGCUUCCCAGCCGCCUACGAGGCAAUGAAGAGCAGCUUCCCGGAGAUUGCUCCCGUCGAUUUGGGGCCCAUUGGCUACGAGGGUGAAGAGUCCAUCUAUGUCAGCCAAACAGUGUUGAACGCAGCUUAUGAGCAUUCCGGGAUUGCACUGGAAUACUACAAGAGCUACAACGUAUCACACAACAAUGUGAAGCAAUACUUUGAUUCCUUGGGCGAUGUAUCGAAGAAUGAGCUGAAGCUGUGCAACACCACCGACUUCAACAAUCCACAGAGGAUUGGGAACUAUCUCCUCUAUACAGGUGACUAUGAUGGAGUCGAAGUGCAGCCGGAUGGCAGCUACUUUGCCAAGUGCUUUGAUGGCUACUGGUGGGCUGCGCCCGCCUGCCGACAGAACACCACAGAAUGCUUGCCAGUGAUCUCAGCCGGAAACGGCUGGAGGUUGCAAGCGAUCAUGCAUUGGGUCUCCGUGUACGGCUUUCCGGCAGCUGUGGGGAUCUCAGAUCAAUGGAGCGAUUUUGUGAAGCAUGUGGAGAACACCCGUGCCUUGCACUAUUGGUGGGUUCCGGACUCCACCUUCAUUGAGAUGCAGCCCCAUCAGCUGACCUUUCCUCGCCACAGCCGCUCCGAAUGGCUGCGGGGAGACAAGAAGUCGGGCGCUGCAGGCACCUACAUCGCCAACAUGGUGAGCAGUAAUUUGGUCUCCAAGGCUUCCAAGGUCUCCGAGUUCGUGGGCAACAUCAACUUUGAGCUCCAGGAGGUUCAAGAUUUGCUCUUGGAGUUUCGUCGCACGGGCAACAAGUUCGAGGUCGCAUGCCGAUGGAUCAACCAGCUACAAGAGCGUUGGAAGAGCUGGGUUCCCGUUGAGACCAACUGCAUGCCCGGCUUUGGCAUGGUAGCUGUGAACGGAUCGUUCGUGCAGCGCCGCGACGAUGCGGUGUCGUGCUACGUGUGUCCCGCGGGCACCUCCUCCCAAGAGUUUCGGGACGACGACGGCCAGAGCUAUCGCUGCGCCGCAUGCGAACCCGGCCGUAGCCAGGCAAACACCUACAAAACCCAGUGCGAACCGUGUCCCAGAGGCACGAUGAGCGACGUGUGGGGCAGCACAGGCUGCCAACCCUGCCAGCAAGGCUUCUACCAAGACUCUUUGGCCUCCACCUCCUGCACGCCUUGCGAUGCCGGGCGCACGACCAAGAUCCUGGGCGCCGUCGGCCAGGAGUAUUGCGUGUGCCAGGUGGGAUCCAUUGAAGUGAACGGUCAAUGCAUGCCUUGCGGCACGGGCAUUGCAUGUCCGCUGGGGAGCACUCUGAAGGAGCUCGCAACAAACAAAGAGUCGAACCCCGAACUGCCUCACGUGGAGUUCGGCUUCAAGAGCGAGGCGGCGUCGCCGUUGGGCACCUUCCGCUGCCGUGGGUCCGCCUGUCCCGGCGGCGCGCCGGGCAGCUGCUCCGGUGGCCGAGAAGGUUUCACCUGUGGUGAAUGCCCCGCCCAGACGUACCUCCUCGAGGAGCAAUGCACAUCCUGCAACAACUCACUUGCACCGAUCUUUGCUGUCGGUGUGAUGCUCUUUGUGGUGGGCUGCGUGGUGGCCUAUUACGCGUCAAACUCCAAGUACGAACCAAGGGCGACGGUGAUCUUUUGCUGCAUCGGUGCCAUGAGCAUCGCGGUCGCAUUGAUGCAGAACAUUGGAGUCUUGGGCACCAUCCCCCUCCGCUGGCCAGAGUCCACCACGGGCAUCCUCAAUGUGGGCGCCAUCUUCCUCUUGGACCUCGACGGCAUCGGGCUGAACUGCCUGGCGGCAGGCAGCAGCGGCGGCUACGUGAUGACGGUCGUGCUCUUUGCCGUGGCGAUUUGUGUGGUGCCGCUGCUCGGGGUGGUGAGCAAUUGCAUCCCGUGGCUGAAGCGCCGGAAGCUGAAUUGGAAGAAGCCCAAGGUCUUGAGCAUGACGGGGAACUUCAUGCUGAUGUCCUUCACGACUUUGGCCAGUGUCGGCUUGAUCCCUUUCAUGUGCUAUGAACACCCCACUGGCGACUUUUCUGUGCUCAAGCACCCGAACAUCCUUUGUGGCAGCGGCGAGCACCAAUCAAUGCAGGUCGUGGGUGCUUUGGUCAUGACGGUGGCCACCCUCUUCUGUGCCUAUUGCUUCUGGGGCGCCUUGGUUGCUCCAACAUAUUCCGGAAGAGACCGGCUGAUGACCUUCUACUUUCUCAUCAAUCGCUUCAGGCCAGACGUGUGGUGGUUUGGCUUGAUGCUUCUGAUCCGGUCUGCCUUCGUCAGCUUGCCGGCAGUCAUUGCUGCCAACGAGCCGGGCUUGCUGGUGAUGUUGAUGCUCUGCGUGCAGCAGAUCUAUUUCAGCCUUCUGCUGUGGUUUUUGCCAUGGAAAGCUCCGGUGCUGAACUUGGCGGAUGGCUUCAUCAGUGGCCUGCUGGUGGUCUUGUUGGCCUCCUGCCUUGAGGACGUGGAACGUGACCCCAGCCUGUCCAGCACCAUUCGGACCGUCGUGGCGUUUGGCAUCAUCGGGUGUCUGCUGCUCCUCUUCUUCGUGUUGGGCGUGCUCUUGCUCAUUGACAAGGGCUGUGGCCGUCGCCAACAUGACUCGGUGGUGCUGCACUUGCAAAGCGUGCCGAAGCCGCGUGAGCUCUUCAAGGACUUCCAGAAGAUCGCCCGGUGGAUGCUUCAGGAUGCCGACGAGUGUGCCUUUGAGUCCGUGGUGUCGGAGCUGUCGCGCUACGAUGUGUCGCAGAUCCAGAGCUCCUUGCACUUGCUCUCCCGCGAGUUUGAGGUGGAGAUCGGCCGUGCCAGUCGCAUUCGGAUCACCAAUGCGUCCAUCAGCAAGGACCACCGCAGGACCAAUGCGAGCGCCCAGGAAGCGCAGGAAGCGAGCACAAAAGACUCAGUGAUGGAGCCAAAGGAGACCAACCAGGACUCGAUGAAUGAGUCUUGGCAGUCGUUCGGGCCUGAUCGAUCGGUGCCUGAUCGAUCGGUGACCACGGUUGGCCUCUUCUGGCCUGCAACAUCUCCUUCGGCAGGGAAGCGUGCCUUUCGGGAUCGGUCCGAGCUGCGUGCCGCGGUCUUGCAGUGGGAGUCGCCCGAAGGCCGCGAGCAGCUGCGGGCCGAUGCGGGACCUAUCUCGACCUGGGAGGUGUCGGCUGUCACGAACAUGAGCGGCUUGUUCCAGGAGUUGAAAGGCUUUAACGAAGACUUGAGCGCCUGGAACACGAGCUCAGUGGUCGACUUGAGCAUGGCCUUCGCAAGGGCUUCGAGCUUCAACUCAUCGAUCGCUGGCUGGGACACUUCAAAGGUGGUGGAUAUGAGCUGGAUGUUUGCAGGUGCGUCAGCCUUCAACCAGCCCAUUGGCGACUGGAACACAUCUCGAGUCAAAAGCAUGCAAGGGAUGUUCUAUGGCGCUUGGGCGUUUAAUCAGAGUCUAUCCAGCUGGAACACUUCCAGGGUUGCUGAUCUAAGCUACAUGUUUGCCGGUGCUGUAUCCUUUGAUGCUGCAGUUGGUCGUUGGAAUACUUCAGCCGUUACUGACAUGAGCUUUCUCUUCAGCUCUGCACGAUCUUUCAACCAGCAAAUUGGAGCCUGGAAUACUUCAUCCGUCACCAACAUGGCUGCAUUGUUCCAUGAUGCCCAGCUCUUCAACCAACCGGUUGGUUUAUGGAAUACUUCCAAGGUGCUCAACAUGAGUAUGAUGUUCAAAUGGGCUGGUAUUUUCAAUCAGCCCAUUUCCGGAUGGGAUACCUCCAGUGUCAUUGACAUGACAUUCAUGUUCAACUACGCACAGCACUUCAACCAACAGAUUGGCACCUGGGAUACCUCCAAAGUCACCGACAUGAGAUCGAUGUUCAGCAGUGCGCGGCACUUCAACCAGCAGAUUGGCAACUGGGAUACCUCCAGGGUACGUACCAUGAGGAAGAUGUUCUACGAUGCAGAUGCCUUUUCGCAGCCGUUGGGGAAGUGGAACACUACAGCUGUGACUGAUAUGAGCCAUAUGUUCCAACAAGCCAACAGCUUCAACGAGUCGCUGGCUGGAUGGGACACCUCCUCUGUCACCAACAUGGCUGUAAUGUUCACAGAUGCAGAAUCCUUCGAUCAGCCCAUCGGUGGAUGGAAUACCUCCUCGGUGAGGUACAUGUCGUACAUGUUCGCAGGCGCGAGGUUCUUCAAUCAGCAGAUCGAGAGAUGGGAUACUUCGAUGGUGGAGGAUAUGACCAUGAUGUUCAUUGGAACUUAUGCCUUUAACCAGCCGCUACACUGGGAUACGUCAAAAGUCUGGACGAUGUCCUCGAUGUUUAGUUUUACCAGGUCCUUCAACCAGCCGAUCGAGCAUUUAGACACUUCUUCUCUGCAGCAGGCUGACAGCAUCUUUGCCUUCGCCAGAAAAUUCAAUCAGCCUGUGGGCAGUUGGGACAUCAGCAAAGUGUCGGAUCCAGCCUCGGUCUUUUGGAAUGCCGACAGCAUGUCGCGGUGUGUGACAUCGGCUACGCGCAGCGCGUGGCAUUUGGAUCCUGCCGCGUUGGCACCCGCUUCGCCACACGGCUGGUAUGCAGGAUGCCCAGCAUGUGGCAACCGCAGCUGCCACCAUGCAGAUCUGGCUUGUGUGGAUGGCUUUUGUGCUCCACUGUCUGCAGGCUAUGUCCAACUAGGCUUUGUGACCUGGGUCAUCAAGCAAGGCCUCCAAGUGCAGGGCGGGCUCGGUGUGUGCCAGGCAGCAUGCGGCAAGCGGAGUGAGUGCUUGGGCUUCUUGUUGGGACCAGGCCGUUGUCUUCUCCACUUGGGCCACGGCGAUCCUUUCCCACUCCGGUCACAGACAGGUGCUUGGAGGGCCUUCCUGAAAGCCACCUGCGAGAGCUUCAGCUGCCCCAACAGCGCGGUGAAGGUGAUGCCCAGUUUCCCGGGACGGGUGACCGAAGCAUCCUGCUGUUCUUGCACUGAUCCAGGCAGAGUGCAGGAGAUGAGUGAUGAGCUCCAUUUGAAGUGCUUCCCUUGCCCAGAUGGCUCCAUCCCGGAUGAAGCACAAUGGAACUGUGUCUCCUGUCCAUCUGGCAAAGUGGCACGUUCUGGGAUGGCUCGCUGCGAGGAUUGUGGUUUCACCUCAAGGCCAUCUUCCACACGAGGCAGUUGCAUGCCUUGUGACCAUGGCCAGUACCGCCUACCGCAGUGGGACGUUUGCCAAGACUGCCACUGGCCAAGACUGUUGAUGGGCCAGAACUGUGUUUGGCAGCACUUGCCCCUGAUUCCGAUUGGAGCUAUUGCGCUGGUGCUGUUGCUGUGCUUGAUCUGGGAUCGGGCACGGAGGUGUAGGGAUGGUGAGAACCAGCGACGAAAUGAAUCGAAGACGACCACCAUAAAGAAGCUGGAGGAAGAGCUCUGGGAUGAAACGCCUGGGACCACCCUCACUCUGGAGAAAUAUACCAAAGACUUGCAAGCCUUUGGCAUGAAAGAGGAUGAGGUCAUGAAGGAGAUCAAAGAGCGUCGCAAGAAGCAGAGCGAGCGAGCCGGUGUGAGCAUGAGAUAUUUGUUAUCCGAUGAGUUCCAUGACUUGGCCAAAACCCGAACGCAGCUGGAUGAUCCGACCUUCGUGGAGAUGAAGGAGGUGUUUUGGCUGUGUAGGGCUCCAGCGCCCUUGGGGGAGACGCUCCGAUGCCCCCGCGACCUGCGCCUCGGCUGUGCGCUGGUCGACUGGCUGCCCAGGCGAGAGCGGCGAGAGCAGACGCACUUCUUGUCCUGGGUUUGGGGCUAUCGUCUCAGCAAGGUCACAGGCGCUCUGAAGACGUACCACGCAAGCACAUCCCAGUUUGACCACGUCUUUUUCUACAUGUGUUUCUUCGUGAACAAUCAAUUUCGGAUCAUGGUCGAAAAAACCGAAGUGGUCAGCGCUGAGACCUUCAAGAGCAACUUGAUGCUCACAAAGCGCAUGGUGGCGGUCCUAGACACGUGGCACGAUCCGAUCUACCUUAAGAGGGUCUGGACGAUCUACGAACAGUUUGUGGCAAGCAAAGAGGAGGAGAUAGAUGUGACCUUCACCAUGCCCGUCUCCGCCAACGAAUCGCUGAAGCAGCAGAUCAGUCGAGGGGAGGCGGGAAUUCGGGAGAUCGUUCAGUCUGUGAGCUGCAUCGAUGUGCAGCAUGCCACGGCCCACGCCCGGGUGGACGAGAUCCACGUGAAGCGCGCCAUCCAGGAGAGCAGCACCUUUCAGCAAGUGAACGAGCAUGUGACUGAUGUCAUGGCUCGCUGGAUUGGUGUUCCAGUACAAUAUGCGAUGCGCAGAUCCCUGGACAACUUUUGGUUCAAUUUUUGUAGCCUCUCCAGCCGCUUUUCCAUCACCAGCCUCCUCUUCGUCUUCAUCCGGUUCAUGCGAGUCGGACGAAUGACGGCUCCGCGGCGCUUCAGCGCCGCGGGUCGCGGCGACCUGGAGAUCAGGAUCUCUCCGAGCGAAGCAAGUGAGAUCGGGAACCAGACACCGCGUCUGCGCCGCGUCACUGCUGAGCGGAUGCGCCGCGGCACUGCUGGCAUUGUCCUGGCGCUGCAGCUUUAUUCGAUCCAGGGCCUUCCGCGCAUCUUCCGCCACCGGUCCGAGCUGCGUGCCGCGGUCUUGCAGUGGGAGUCGCCCGAAGGCCGUGAGCAGCUGCUGGCCGAUGCGGGACAUAUCUCGACCUGGGAGGUGUCGGCUGUCACGAACAUGAGCGGCUUGUUCCAGGAGCUGGUUCGAUUCAAUGAAGACUUGAGCGCCUGGAACACGAGCUCAGUGGUCGACUUGAGCAUGGCCUUCGCAAGGGCUUCGAGCUUCAACUCAUCGAUCGCUGGCUGGGACACUUCAAAGGUGGUGGAUAUGAGCUGGAUGUUUGCAGGUGCGUCAGCCUUCAACCAGCCCAUUGGUGACUGGAACACAUCUCGAGUCCAAAGCAUGCAAGGGAUGUUCUAUGGCGCUUGGGCGUUUAAUCAGAGUCUAUCCAGCUGGAACACUUCCAGGGUUGCUGAUCUAAGCUACAUGUUUGCCGGUGCUGUAUCCUUUGAUGCUGCAGUUGGUCGUUGGAAUACUUCAGCCGUGACUGACAUGAGCUUCCUCUUCAGCUCUGCACAAGCUUUCAACCAGCAAAUUGGAGCCUGGAAUACUUCAUCCGUCACCAACAUGGCUGGUAUGUUCUUGGACGCAAAGCUUUUCAGCCAACGGGUUGGUUUAUGGAAUACUUCCAAGGUGCUCAACAUGAGCAUGAUGUUCAAGUAUGCUUAUACGUUCAAUCAACCCAUUGGUGGAUGGAACACCUCCCACGUCAUCGACAUGAGAGCGAUGUUCAGCUAUGCACCCAACUUCAAUCGGCCGAUUGGCAGCUGGGAUACCUCCAGAGUGCUGAGCAUGAGGGAGAUGUUCCGUGAAGCCGAUGCCUUUUCACAGCCGUUGGGGAAGUGGAACACUACGGGUGUGAUUGAUAUGAGCCGGAUGUUCCAAAGUGCCAACAACUUCAACCAGCCUUUGGCGGGAUGGGAUACCUCCUCCGUCGCCAACAUGGCGUUGAUGUUCACAGAUGCCGAAUCCUUCGAUCAACCCAUCGGUGGAUGGAACACCUCCUUGGUCACGGACAUGAGGUACAUGUUCGCGGGCGCCCGACUCUUCAAUCAGCCCAUCGGAGAAUGGGAUACGUCGAAGGUGGAGGACAUGCGUUUUAUGUUUGCUGGAACGUAUACCUUCAACCAGCCGCUGCACUGGAACACUUCGAAGGCCCGAAAGAUGUUCUCGAUGUUUACCUUCACCAGGUCCUUCAACCAGCCCCUUGGACAUUGGGACACUUCCUCUGUCCGGCGGAUUGAAAACAUCUUCGCCUUCGCCAAGCGCUUCAGCCAGCCAGUGGGUAGCUGGGAUAUGAGCCAUGUGCACAAUCCAGCAUCGGUCUUUUGGAAUGCCAACAUGUCGGACUGUGUGAAGUCGGCCACGCGCAGCGCGUGGGGCCUCGAGGCGCGCGGGAACCAGUCUGGAGCGAGAAAGCGCUGGCAUGCGAGGUGUCCGGCCUGCGGCAACAGCAGCUGCGGCCGUUCAGACCUGGCGUGCGUCGAUGGCUUCUGUGCUCCCCUCUCGGCGGGCUACGUGCAUCUGGGCCCGGCCAGUUGGACCAUUGAGGAGGGCCUCGAGGUGGGCGGGCGUGGGCUUGGCGCCUGCCAGGAGGCCUGUGAUGAGCAACAAGAGUGCUUGGGCUUCUUGCUGGGGCGAGGCCGUUGCGUCCUCCACUUAGGACAGGGCGACCCCUUGCCACUCCGGUCACACAUCAGUGCUUGGAGGGCCUUCUUGAAAGCCACCUGUGGGAGCUUCAGCUGCCCUUCCAACAGUGCGCUGAAGGCCACACCGAGUUUCCCGCAGCUGGUGACAGAAGCUUCAUGCUGUUCCUGCCCUGACCCUGGCACAGUGCAGGACCUGGAGAGUGAUAAGCUCCAUCUGAAGUGCUCCGCUUGUGCGACGGGCUCCAUCCCGGAUCCUGCCCAACAGAACUGUGUCUCCUGCCCUCCUGGUUCAGUGGCACGUGCGGGCAUGGCCCACUGCCAGGUCUGUGGACUGAGCUCCAAACCCUCCGACCGCCGAGGUGACUGUAUCCCUUGUGGCCACGGUCAGUACCGCCCGGAGCUUGCAGACGAGUGCCUAGACUGCAAGCUGCCCAAACUUCUGUGGGCUGAGAAGUGCGUUUGGUGGCACUUGCCCUUGAUUCCCAUUGGAGCCAUCGCCCUGCUGCUGUCGCUGUGCUUAAUCCUUUCGCACGUGAAGAAGCGCCACCAGAAGGAGCAAGCGCGCGUCUGCGCGGAUCAGACGGCGGUGAUGGAGAGUCUGGAGAGGGAGCUCUGGGAUGAAGAGCCUGGCACUGCUGACACACUGACGAAAUAUACCACAGCCUUGAAGGCCUUUGGCAUGAAAGAAGAUGAGGUGGUGGCCCAGCUCGAGCAGAGCCGCAAGGAGCAGAGCUUGCGAGCGGGGGUGAGCAUGAGAUAUUUGUUAUCUCCGGACUUCGUGUACUUGGCGACCAGCCGAACGAAUCACACGGAUCCCACCUUCAACGAGAUGAAGAGCUUCUUCUGGCAGUGUGAGGAUCCACCUCCCCUGGGACUCUGUCUCCGGUGCCCUCGCGACGGACGCCGCGGCUGUGCGCUGGUCGACUGGCUUCCAAGGCCUGAGCGCCGCGAGCAGACGCACUUCUUGUCCUGGGCCUGGGCCUAUCGCUUGAGCGAGGUGAGAAGCGCUUUGCACAUGUACCAAGUGAGCACGCAUCCACCAGUGCGGACGGAGAAGGUCUUCUUCUUCAUGUGCUUCUUUGUGAACAACCAGUUCCGGAUCAUUGUCGAACGGAGCAUGGCGGGCAGCAAUGUUUUGGGCGAGGUCUUCAAGAGCAACUUGACGCGCCUCAACCGCGUAGUGGCGAUCCUGGACACCUGGCGCGAUCCCAUCUACCUCUCGAGGGUCUGGACGAUCUACGAGCAGUUCUUGGCAAGCAAAGAGCAGGUGCCGGUGACUUUCACCAUGCCCUUCUCUGCCAAUGAAUCGCUGCAACAGCAGAUCAGCCGGGGAGAGGUGGGCAUCUGGGAGAUCACUCAGUCCGUGAGUUGCAUCGAUGCGCAGAAUGCCAUCGCCUACGACCCCAAGGACGAGGAGGAGGUGAAGCGCGCCAUCCAGGAGACGAGCACCUUUGAGCAGGUGAACAAACAUGUGACCGAUGUGAUGGCCCGAUGGAUUGGUGAGGUGGUGAGCCUUCAAUUCCAGCAGCUCAUCAGCGUGGCGCGCGAGAGCCGCGCUGAGGGAGCUGUGGUGGUACCGUCCCGCCUUGAGGGAGCCGCAUCUUGCGAGAGUCUACCACUUUCUUCGGGGUCGGAGGGCAUCUGCGUGUGA